UCGAUAUAUCGGGAAAUUGUGGUUUUUUGCAGUGUAGAAUUGUCAAAGAGUCCAUGAAGGUGCGGUGUUUUGUUCGGCGAGAAAAUGAAUAAAAUUCCUCUCUUUCGUGCCAAUCUGAGGCUUCCCUUCACGACUCAAAUCAGGGAGAAGAAGUUCGAUGUCCACGAGAAGUCCGUCUUGAGGCCCCGGAAUCGUUCGAUCACAUGUAAACUCUUCAAAAUGAAUCCCAACCAAUUCGGGCCCCUCACAAACCUCCCGGACUACACAUUCAUGGACGGCAGACCGACUCCUCUCGGGUCGCGCCAGAAGACAAGAUUGGAAAACCAGAAAGUCUUGGCCGCGAAGAUCGUGAGCCUGAACAAAGAACUCGCCUACGCCAAGGAGAGACACCAGAGAUUGCAGUGCGAAGAGCAGGAGACACGGAAGAGCAUCCUGGACGGGAAACUGAAGGAAAAGGGACACUUAUUGCUUUAGUCAAUCGUGUAGCAUUUGAGUGGAUUCGCCGGUAGAAUAAACAUUUGGAGGGAUUCUCUUAUUUUUAAGAGUAUUUAAAUGCCCAGCAGCAGUUUAAAGAGCAAAUAAAACUAGCUUUUGUUAUUAA